AUGUUCAGCUCUCUCAAUUCUUCAACACUUCAGACGCUGUGCGGAAUUUUCUGGAAGCACACCAGUCUUCAACCGCGCAUACCUAUAUAUCUAGCAUCUACGCACUUCUACUCACUAAGCAAAAUGGUGGUGAACAAUCCCAACAACUGGCACUGGGUCGACAAAAACUGUAUGGAAUGGGCCAAAAAGUACUUGGCUGAGAAAGUAGGCGGGCUCUCCGCAGAGGAAAACGGCGCCCAGGUUGCUGUUUCCUCCGUCUCUUCGGUAGAAGGCGACGUGGAAGUUUGCCAGCGGAAAGGAAAGAUGAUUUCUCUUUUUGACUUGCGCAUAGUGGUGGACUUGAGCGGCUCGGGCGCCGACGGCUCUGUCAAGGGCUCGAUCACCAUCCCAGAAUUGGCGUACGACACAGAGAAGGACGAGAUCCAAUUCGACGUGAGCGUAUACGAGACCAGCGGCGACGACGUGCGGCUUUUGGCCAAGCGCAAGCUUGUUCCGCAGCUUAGAGACGUUUUGCUGCACUUUGGAGCCGAUUUGAUUGCGGCCCAUGCUUCGGACAUCCAGAUGGAAAGCGACCGGGUCAAUUCGGUGUUGACCAAGCAAAACCAAGAAGGCGUCAAGGCCAAGACGGAGGCAAAGACACAAGCGCAAAAGAAGGAGGCUCCACAAACGAAGACGGAAACGAAAGCGGCCAAGACAGAAGAAACUCCAAGCGGAGUCCCUCGCUACAACACCUCCACACUCCACCUUGAGCCUACAUUCAACACCACAGCCGAACAGCUCUACAUCACAUUGUUGGAUCCACAACGUGUCGCUGCGUGGUCUCGCUCUUCGCCGCAAAUGGAAGCGUUCCCACCAUCGGAAGGGUCGGAAUUCCGUCUUUUCGGCGGCUCCAUUCGUGGCCGUUUCACUCGUUUGGUGGCCAACGAACGCAUCACUCAGGACUGGCGUCUUGAAGACUGGAAACAGGGCCACUAUGCCCAGCUCGAUAUCCAGUUGAAGCAAGGCGCAGGCGAAACAACCAUGGUGGUGAAAUGGCUGGGAAUCCCCAUUGGGGAAGAAGACCGUGUGAGAGGAAACUUCGAGGAGUAUUACGUGCGGUCGAUCAAGAUUGUGUUUGGUUUUGGUGCAGUCUUGUGA